AUGUCGUUACCAUUACCCCAACCAAGUUUGAAGAAAGUUGAUCGUUAUGAAGCUGAAAAGACUAUAGAAUUAAAUACCAUAGAUACCAAUAACUCUUUAACAGGUAUUGGAUCUAAAAGUACUGGGAUAGUUACAGGUUCAGGUUUCACUAAAAAUCCAUCCACAGGUGGUGAAGGUGAAGGAUCUGAUCAUCAACCUGAAACUCAUGAAUUAAAUGAAGAUGAAAUACCAUUAGUUAAUGAAGAUUUAGAAUUCCCUGAAGGCGGUCUUCAAGCUUAUCUAGUAGUUUUUGGUUCAUUUAUGGGUCUUGUUCCAGUUUUUGGAUUGAUUAAUUCUGCUGGUGCUAUUGAAAAUUAUGUUGCGUCACAUCAAUUAUCUGCAUUAUCACCUUCUUCAGUUUCAUGGAUUUUUUCAUUAAAUAUUUUCAUUCAAUGUUGUAUUGGUGUUUUUUCAGGCUCGAUUUUUGAUAAACAUGGAUCAAGAAUUCUAUUGAGUAUUGGAUCUGUAUUCUUCUGUGGUGGGUUAUUCGCAACUGGUAAUUGUAAAACUGUUUAUCAAUUUGUUUUAGCUUAUGGUGUUGUUAAUGGAUUUGGAUCAGGUUUGAUGAUGUCACCAUUAGUUAGUGUUGUUUCACAUUAUUUUAAAAAGAAGAGAGCUACAUAUGUUAGUAUUGCAUCUAUCGGUGGUUCUGUUGGUGGUAUUGUUAUGCCAUUAAUGUUAAGAGCAUUAUAUCCAAAAGUUGGUUUUGCAUGGGCUAUGAGAUGUUUAGCAUUUAUCUGUAUGUUUUCUUUGAUUUUCCCAUUAAUUUUUGCUAAAGAAAGAAUUAGAAAUGUUGCAAAAGUUAGAAACGUUUCACACUUACCAUUACAUAAAAGAAUUUUCCACUCUUAUAUUAAAGAUGUCUUUGAUUAUAAAUUAUUAUUUGAAGUUAAAUUUAUCUUUUGUGCAUUAGCUGUUGCAUUAGCAGAAUCAUCAUUGAUUAUUUGUUCCAUUUAUUUCCCAUCAUACACCAUAAUGAGAGGUUAUGGUGAAAAUACAUCAUAUUUAUUACUUACUGUUAUUAACUCUGCAGGUAUUUUGGGUCGUUAUUUACCAGGAUAUAUUGCAGACAAAUUUUUAGGUAGUUUCAAUGUUGCCAUGAUUACAUUAUCAGGUUGUGUUAUCUUAUCAUUGGCAUUAUGGUUACCAUUUGGGUAUAGUUUAAAAGUAUUAUAUACUUACGCUGCAUUUUACGGGUUAUGUUCAGGAUCAAUCUUAUCAAUUUCACCAUCAUGUUGUGGUCAGAUUUCAAGAACAGAUGAAUUCGGUAAAAGAUAUAGUACAAUGUUUUUGAUGGCAGCAUUAGCAAUGUUGGGAUUGUUACCAUUAGGAGGUGCAAUUAUCGGUGAUGGUACAGUUAGACACUAUAAUAACUUUAUCGUUUAUUUAUCCAUGUUAACCGUUGGUGCAAUUUGUUGUUAUGGUGUAUCAAGAUAUUCAGUUGUUGGUUUCAAACUCUGUAAAUUUUAA